GGGUUGUCUUCAGUAGUGUCCCAAGCAGUGUCACGGUGGCUUUUGCUUACACUCGAUUCAUUUUUUUUUUUUUAAACCUGUGAGGACCACCUGUUGCUUUAUGUUAGUGAAGUGUGUUGCACAUCGCACACAGUUUGUACGUGAUAACUUCCCGCUAUACGCACCCAAGUAAGUGACGUGGUUUUGCCCAAAAAUAUAGGAAAAGAAGGGAAGAAACAGUGAUUAUCAGGAAGCAAGAAACACCACCUUGGUGACCUGUAGGAAGGUAUUGUUGAAGUGUUGGUGAUAAUGGUGCUGUGAUAGUUACACCACUCUGGAAUACCACCUACACCAUGGCUAGGAUUCUACUGCUCAUAAUAGGUUGUGUGGUUGUGAGCGGCAACAACAGAGAAGAGGUAGCAGAUGUACGGGAGGGGCAGGAUGUCACCCUCAAGUGUCGCUUCAACAAUCCAUCACUGCUCUCCACUGGGGGACAGAUCUACUGGAUGAGACAACGCACUGGUGAGAAGGACAAUGUUGCCAUUGCUGAUACCCCCUUGGACCGCAGCUACACGGUGGACUUGGAGCCAAGUGAGGGGCGGUAUGACCUGACCAUCAGCCGUGCCACGUAUGAGCGAGACAAUGGGAUGUUUGAGUGCCGUUUCAAGGAGGCGGGGACUGGCUCAGAUCUGCACACAACUACCGUCAACCUGACAGUACUCAUUCCUCCUGGCAGCCCAAGAAUCAACCCUGAAGCACCCACUGCCACUGAGGGCCAGUCCAUAGACCUUGUCUGCUCCUCCCAAGGUGGCUCCCCAGAUCCUCAAAUUAUCUGGUACCGUUCAGGAUCUGACCAGAAACUGUACAGUGUGCUAAAGCCUGGCGGUGGACGAGAGACUCCUACAACUUCCGUGUUGACUAUCAAUCCUGGUAAAGAUGACGAUGCUGCAGAAUAUCGAUGUGUUGUGUGGAACAGAGCACUUACAGACAAUGAGAAGAUGGAAACUACUGUUGUUCUCAGUGUUAAUUAUUACCCACGCAUUACAAUUGGUCCUGAGAAUCCCCUGCGUGUUGAGCUAGACCAGUCUGCUACUUUAACUUGCUCUGCAGAUGCCAAGCCGCCUGUGAGCAAUGUGCGAUGGACACGUGGUGGACGUUUUAUUGGCACACUCAAUACACUUGUCAAAGAGCGUGUCACUCUUGACGAUGCUGGCAGAUAUGUCUGUCAAGCUGACAAUGGACUUGGCCGUUUGCGCGAAGCAGAAGUAACGCUAGAUGUUCUGUAUGGGCCAAGAGUUUCUGUAAUAUCUAGUAAAGAUGUAGAUGAAGGGGAAGACAUUGUAAUCACUUGCAAUGUGACUGCCAACCCAGCUCCAGUUACCAUAGAGUGGCUCAAAGAAGGAGAUGACUCCUUCCGUCAGAGUGGUGUCGAUAUACUGCGACUAAAUCGUGUGUCUGCUGUUAAUCAGGGCAAUUAUAUUUGUCGCGCUGUAAACAUACUAAAUCCAACUGGUGGAGAACCCAGUGAUCGCAUUGGUAAUGCUACUGUUGCUGUAAGGGUACGACAUGCACCAGGAAAGACUUAUAUUACUCCUGCUGAACCCAUUGCAGUGCAAGGUGAGCAGUCUACUUUGACUUGUGGUGCUGAACCCCCUGGCUGGCCCAUGCCUACUUACCGCUGGUGGCGUCAUGACUCUGAUGCCACCCUCACACUUGGGGCUAAUUACACCAUUCCUCGAGCCUCUCUCACAGAUGAAGGUACCUACUACUGCCAACCUUCAAAUCGCUUGGGCAAGGGCACGCCAGCUUCAGUUCGUGUUCGUGUACACCAGCCUCCACGUAUUCUAGAAAAUCUACCAGAGACUGCCAUUCAUCGCAUAGGAACAACAAACCUUAGUCUUACUUGUCGUGCUCAAGGGAAGCCACAGCCUUCCAUCCGUUGGUUAAAAGAUGGGGAAGAAAUAAGUCCUGCUGAUGGAUUAUAUGAUAUCUUGGUAGAGCAGUCUUCAUUAGGCCAGAAUGCAGCGCACACAGUCCAGUCCACUUUGCAGUUCAGAGGUGCUAAACGAAUCAACGACAAUCAGUUACUGCCUACAGAUCGUGGCACAUAUCAGUGUGUCUUCAAGAAUGAUGUUCGAGAAGUGUCUAGCUCUCAACUUCUCAGAGUAGAGCAUUCUCCAAUUACAGUACACAAGCCCAAUAAAGUAGCAUUUAAUCUUUUGGAAGAUGCUCAGCUUGAGUGCCGCAUGCAAGCUUACCCAGAACCCAAGUUCCAGUGGUCACUUGGCCCCAACUUCAUCGAACCUGAUGGUGCUCACUAUGCCACAAAUGAUACAACUUUGCCUGAUGAUGUAUAUGCAUCUGUACUGACUGUAAGAGGAGUAACUGAAGCUGACUAUGGCAGUUAUACAUGUAAGGGCACAAACAGUAGAGGAGAACACAAAACCAUUAUCACUUUACAAGAGAAAGGACGCCCUGAACACCCAACAAACCUUCGUGUUAUUGAUAAGGGUACUGAUAAAAUAGAGCUUGCUUGGGAUGAGAGUUUUAAUGGUGGAUUUGCCGAUACAAUCUUCCAAGUUAAAGCAGAGACUAUGUCUGGGGAGAAACCAAGCCACGACUGCCAGACCAAGAAUCCAUGUAUCAUUGAGCCCCUCGCUCAACAAACUACUUACAAAUUGCAGGUCAAGGCCAGUAAUAUCAUGGGUGACAGCGAUUUUUCAGAUCCACUGGAGGUUACAACACUUGUUAAUGUGGAUACUAUUCCAGAGCCUGAGGAGGUGUAUUUUGAAAGAACUGGUAAUAUGUUGAGUUUCAAAGUGUUGCCUACUGAUUUGAUGCUACAAGGUCAAGUGGAAUUUCGCACAGUUGAUUCUGAUGAAUGGACCCCAAUGGAAACACUUGUUCAAAUUAGUAGUGACAGCCAUGAUCAUGGUGAAGUGUUCUUGGGUAAAGAAUCUCCAGAUGAUGUUAGAAUCAGGUUCUGCUCUGUCUUUGUUGAGAGCAGCUGCGGAAAUUAUCGCAUAGCAAAAAAGGUUGACUACUUGCCACCAGUUCCUUCACAGUCCAUGUCAAUGCAGUACAUGGUAGCAAUCAUCGUAGGAUGUGUGGUGUUUGUAGCACUAGUUGCUCUUAUAUUCCUCUGCUGCUGCUGCCGCCACAGAAAUAACAAGUUGAAGAACAAGACGGCAGAUAUGGAGGUGUCGCAUAGAGUUGUAACACAGCAGCCGCCUCCCCCACCAUACUAUACUGUUGGCAUGGACAACAAAGGUCUGGAUGGAUCCAUGGACACAGGACUUGAUGAUCCUUCCAAGACUGCAAUUUAUAGUUCUCAGCAAUAUCACAACUAUAGUCAGAACGGACAUGUUAAUCCUCAGAACAACAAUGGCAUGGGAUACAUGGACAACAGCUACUCAAAUUCCAAUAAUGGUGGUUCUGUCAAUUCUCAAGAUUCCCUGUGGCAAGUGAAAGGUCACGGUGAGGCACAGAUGACGACACAUAUGGCCCCACAUAUGGCCCAGGAUUCCAGAGGUUACCAGUAUGAUCCUAUGGUUCAUGGCGGUUAUGGUAUCUCUGGAUAUGAUGAUUACUCUCAUUAUCCACCAACUAGUUACCAAGGGCAAGGAAUGGUUGAUGAAUACCCAGGUUCACGAGGCAACUACGUAACCAAUGGAGACCCAUAUGCUGCAGUACACAAGCCCAGAAAGCGUGUUGAGCACAUUGAUGGAGGCUGUGAUGUGAGUGGCAUGCCAGACCCGUAUAUGGAGCAUUAUGAGCAAGGCGGUGCAGAGAUGAGCUCUGACAAUAAACCUCAGAUCAGCUUUGACGAGUCCUUAGAAUCCGGUUACUCGACACCGAACUCUCGUAACCGCCGCAUCAUCAGGGAAAUUAUUGUGUGAAGAAGAAGAAUGUAAUUUAUGGUGAUAAAAUGUUUCAGGUUACUGGGAAGCUAAUACUUGGGUCAUUGGAUUUUAAUUGUAAAUAAAGCGUAUGUUUAAGCAGUCUUCAGCUUAGGUUGAUUUUUGCCAGAUCUGUUUAGAAUAUUGCCCAAGAAAUGAGUUUGGUGGUAAAAAAGAAAAUGCCAUUAAUGACCAAAUAAUAUUGGCUGCUUGUU